CGCUUCCUUCUUUGUCGCAAAGACAAAGAAUAUCGCACGCUCCCGGUUGACCCUUUUGGGCCAGCAUAACGAAAGAGCGAAGCGCGGCAGAGAAGCUCCCCAUCUUUGCAGUAGCAUUGCGCCCCGCAUAUGGCGGCGGAGGUGGUCCGAUGGAACCCGGAUGUGGCGGCUGAGUGUCCUGCUGCUCCCUCCCUCUUUACUCCUCCCUACAGACUGGGAUACUGAGAGCGAGGGAGAGCGGCGCGCGUGGAACGGUUCGGGUCAUCGCCGUCAUGAGCCGCUUCAAGUUCAUUGAUAUUGGUGUUAACUUAACGGAUCCUAUGUUCAGAGGCAUAUACAGAGGGACUCAAAAGCAUCAAGAUGACUUCCUAGAUGUAGUGGAUAGAGCAGUCAAGAUUGGUGUGAAAAAGUUCAUGAUCACGGGCGGAAGUUUGCAAGAUAGUAAAGAGGCUCUGCAGCUGGCACAAACAAAUGACGUGUUUUACAGUACUGUUGGCUGCCAUCCCACCCGCUGUGCAGAAUUCGACCAGAGCAACCCUGACCAGUACUUAGCAGAGUUACAAAGUCUAGCUGAAAAAAAUAAAGGGAAGGUCAUCGCCAUUGGGGAGUGCGGCCUGGAUUUUGACAGACUAGAAUUCUGCCCUAAAGACACCCAGCUCAAGUAUUUUGAAAAGCAAUUUGAUCUUUCCGAACAAACAAAACUGCCGAUGUUCCUGCACUGUAGAAACGCACAUUCAGAAUUCUUAGAUAUAAUGAGGCGAAACAGAGAGAGGUGUAUGGGAGGGGUGGUGCAUUCUUUCGAUGGCACCAAAGAAGCAGCGGCAGCUAUAAUCGAUUUGGAUCUCUACAUAGGAAUAAACGGUUGUUCGCUGAAAACAGAAGCCAACUUAGAAACGGUGAGGUCAAUUCCAAAUGAAAGACUAAUGAUAGAGACAGCCAAGUACUGGAAAUAA